UAGAGUUGGACCCCUAUAAAAGGACCAUAGACUCCUCCAUUUCUCCUCAUCUUCUUCCUCUGUCCUAUGACUUUGAGAAAGAUGGCUUCUUAUUAUUACCAAUGGAGUCUGUCAAUCUGUUUGUUGAUGAUGGUCUGUGGAGCAAUGGGUGCAGCACCAAGGAAACCAGUAGAUGUACCAUUUGGCAGAAACUAUAUGCCCACAUGGGCUUUUGAUCAUAUUAAGUACUUCAAUGGUGGAUCUGAGAUCCAGCUCUCCCUUGACAAUUAUACUGGUACUGGUUUCCAGUCAAAGGGUUCUUACCUAUUUGGGCACUUCAGUAUGCAGAUUAAAAUGGUUCCUGGGGAUUCUGCGGGAACUGUCACUGCUUUCUAUCUAUCUUCUCAAAACUCGGAGCACGACGAAAUAGAUUUCGAGUUCUUGGGGAACAGAACAGGGCAACCAUACAUAUUGCAGACAAAUGUAUACACAGGAGGGAAAGGAGACAAAGAGCAGCGCAUUUACUUGUGGUUUGAUCCAACAAAAGAGUACCAUUAUUAUUCUGUAUUGUGGAAUCUCUACCAGAUUGUAUUUUUCGUGGAUGAUAUCCCAAUUAGAGUGUUCAAGAAUAGCAAAGACUUGGGAGUGAAAUUUCCAUUCGACCAACCCAUGAAGAUAUACUCCAGUCUGUGGAAUGCUGACGACUGGGCUACCAGGGGAGGGCUUGAGAAAACAGAUUGGUCUAAGGCUCCAUUUGUUGCUUCAUACAAGAGUUUCCAUGUCGAUGGUUGUGAAGCCUCUGUGAAUGCCAAAUUCUGUGCCACUCAAGGCAAACGCUGGUGGGAUCAGAAGGAAUUUCAAGACCUGGAUGCCUUUCAAUAUCGUCGACUCCGAUGGGUUCGAAGCAAAUACACUAUUUAUAACUACUGCACUGAUCGGGUCAGAUAUCCCACUGUGUCACCAGAGUGCAAGAGAGACAGAGACAUAUGAUAAUUAUAUAUUCAAUUUCACGUGGAGAUUUAUUGUAUAAGCUGCUGCUGCUUAAUUUAUUUAUCUGGAGUGAGGUGAGUGUGAAGUCCAAUGGCAGGCAGAUCCAGAGAGUUGGAGCAAUCAGUUUCCAGGGUUGUUCGUCAUACCAUCAUGCUAUGCUCACCUGUUUGUCUCUGUCAAUUGGGUUUCUUUAUUAGCUUUUCCAUAUUAUGUUUCCACUGAAUCAAAUAUGUAAUGCAAAUUAAACUUCAUCAUUGUAUCUUACUCAUCUCAUUACCAUAUUUUGAUUUUAACCUA